AGUAAGUAUUUUACCAUUCCAAAUCCCAAUAUCCCAGGCCAAUAUCUUAUUACGUACAUUAUUAUCACUCCUAUUACAACUCUUAUUACGCAGCUAUUAUAUAUAUUAUACAAAUCCCAACAUCCCAAUUACAAAACCCUCUUCCCAUUACUUCCUAAACGCAGCCCCUUCACAAGUACGUAGCUAUCAACAAAUCAAGGCCAAAAUCUUCAAAAGCACUCCCUGCCAUGGCAUCCAAGUGUGAUCUCUUAACUGCAUUAUCACCUGCAAAGGAAACCUGGACAAUUAUUGUCAAAAUAUUACGUAUGUGGUUUCUGGAUGACACUAAAAAUCCAUCAGGACUACCUCUUUCUAUGGAAUUGCUGCUUAUGGAUGAACAGGGGAAUAAAAUACAAGCAUCUAUUAGGAAGACCCUAAUCUACAGGUUUCAGAAGGAACUAAAAGAAGAAGCUGUAUAUUCAAUCAGUAAUUUUGGAUUUGCUUCAAACAGUGGAUCUUUUCGAGCAGCCCGUCAUGAAUAUAAACUAAGUUUCCAAUAUGGCACAAGGGUUCAUUCACUUGAUCAUGGAUUGAUCACUGCAUCUCCUUUUUCAUUCGUUCAACUUCAUGAGAUUGCAACUAACUACGACCAAGAUUAUUUAGCAGAUGUUAUAGCAAUGUGCAUUGAUUAUGGUGCUGAUAAACCAUAUGAAAGGAAUGGUAAACCAAGCAAACUGAAGGUCAUUGUACUCGAAUCAAAUGGGUGCAAGAUGGAGUGUACAUUAUUUGGACAAUAUGUUGAUCAAUUCAACAAAUUUGAAGCCUCUGCAGUCUGUAAAAAAUUUGUUGUUAUAGUUCAACUCGCCAAAGCAAAGACCUGGAAAGGUAUAAUCUCAUUGCAAAACGCAAUCAAUUGCACAAAAAUAAUAUUCGACCCUUCCUGUAUCGAAGCGGAUGAGUUAAAGACAAAGUUCUUUCAGUGUGCUAAUGCUUCACUCCAAAGCCCGAGUCAGUUGUACACCUCAAGAUCAAUGAGUUUGGAGGAUGAAUUUCUCAAUAAAACUCCAAGAAAAACCAUUGUGGAUCUAAAAGACACAACGGAGAAAAUAUUUUGUGUUGUGAUCGGGACGAUUACUGCUGUUAUCGAUGGGGACAGUUGGUGGUACAGUGCAUGUUCAUGUGAG